CAUGGUAUUUAUCCCCUUAGGAAAUCUAAAAGCUAAGUCUAAAUGAUCUAAAUUAAUGUUACAGAGAAUUGCCUUCUUUUUAGCUAAGUAUUAUUGUAUGAGCGUGGGUACAUGGAAGCAAUAGAUACAUGGCAAAAGCGAGACAUGUCAGAUUCUAAAGCCAAAGGCAAAGUUGAUUCAAACCUGUUAAAGCCCUCAGUCUCCUUCCUGCACAGAACAUAUGGCCAUGGGAAAGAUGAGCAGGCUGUGUCUUCUCCUCCUCUCCUCGCUCUCUUGCUUCUCUGCCAUUGCCUUGUCAUGGCAGCAGCCUCGCCCAGAGACGGUCGACCUUGCGUACCACAUGGGGCCUGUCCUCACCUCCCCCGUUAACGUCUACACCAUAUGGUAUGGCCACUGGGAGGCAGCUCCACAAGGCAUCAUCAGGGACUUCCUGCUCUCCCUCUCCGCCCCUUCUCCUUCCCCCUCCGUCGGCGACUGGUGGCGCACCGUCCGCCUCUACACCGACCAAACCGGCUCCAACGUCACCGGCAGCUUCGUGCUGGCCGGCGAGCUGCACGACUCGGCCUACUCGCACGGCGCCACGCUGUCCCGCCUCGCCAUCCAGUCCGUCAUCAGGUCCGCCGUCGCCGCCCACCCGCAGCGGUUGCCGCUGGACCCGCGCAACGGGCUCUACCUGGUCCUCACCUCGCCCGACGUGGAGGUGGAGGACUUCUGCCGGGAGGUCUGCGGCUUCCACUACUUCACCUUCCCGGCGGUGGUCGGCGUGACGGUGCCGUACGCGUGGGUGGGGCACAGCGGCUCGCAGUGCCCGGGGAUGUGCGCUUACCCGUUCGCGCUGCCGGAAUACAUGGUGGGGGUUCACAACGCGAGCGGCGGCGUUCGGGCUCUCGGAGCGCCCAACCGGGACGUGGGCGCCGACGGCAUGAUCAGCGUGAUAGCCCACGAACUGGCGGAGACGUCGAGCGAUCCGCUGAUCAAUGCGUGGUACGCGGGCGACGACCCGGCCGCCCCGGCGGAGAUCGCCGACCUCUGCGUCGGGGUCUACGGGUCGGGAGCGGGAGGCGGGUACGUGGGGAGCGUGUUCAAGGGAUCAGAGGGGGAGGCUUACAACCUGCAUGGGGUGAACGGGAGGAGGUUUCUUGUGCAGUGGGUGUGGAACCCUGUAAAGAUGACUUGUUUUGGUCCAAAUGCCAUGGAUUAAAGGGCUGUUGUAAUCUUGAGUUGAGGGAGGGAAUAGCCUCAAUCCCUCCUGCAGACACACACAAGAAAAGGAAGAAGAAGACACAGUUUGUCACCUUUCAUUUUGAAGUUCUUCAAGAACAAAUGCCCCAACUAAAAGCAGAUUGUUUUACAUUCAAAUAGCCAGUUUUUGAUUGAUUUCAGAGCUGAAGUUAAUUAGAACCUACAGUUCUUUGGCAUGAGAUGUCAAGUCCUUUGUGUAUCAUAUCAUAUUUACAGAGUAAUUCACUGUUAAUUUUCGAAACAUAAUUCUGAAAUAAUUAUCCAGAAGAAAAAACAAAAAAUGGAAGAGAAUGAUUACAAAGCGGACCCAAUCUUCGACAGAAUAAUCGUCUUUUAAUGGACUGUUAUCGUGUAGUUGGGCUCUUCUUCUUCUUCUACGCCGUCGCAUGUGCUCCUCCCUCUCGUCUCCGGCGGCCAAACCACGCACAUCCCACUAAAACCGAAGCGCGUCGAAGGCGGCGCAGGCGCUGAAGAAGGUCCUCACCUCCGCCGCCACCCGCCACGCCUUGGCGGUCACGAACUCGCACCGGAUGUUGAACGCCGCCGGCCCACUGGAAUGGGUCGAAGAGGAAGCCCACUCAGCG